UGGAAAUUGUAUUCACGUGGGGGGGGGGGGUGGAGUGGUUACAUAGCUGGUUUAAAUAUCAGAGUUAGGAAAAGGUUUACAAGGAAAAUUGCAAGUCAAGUUAAGACGGUAAUACGGUUAUUCAAGCUGCCAAUCAUCGAAUACCAUCGUGGAAUAUUGAAAGCGGAGAAAAUUGUUUAUCAGACAUCACAGGUACGUGAAUUAAAAUUCAAACAGCUCAACCGUUCCCCUCUGAAUUUUCCAAGGAUGAUGGGAUUCGUGUAUAAAAAGCCCGGUAGAAGCUAUGGACCGUGCAUUCUUCCGCCGAUUUCCGAUUCUCCAACACACAGUUCGCAGAUAUGAAUUUAACUGUUGCCCUGGCAUUCACUAUGGCCAUUAUUUGGUUUUUCUAUGGAAAAUGUGAAGCAGCUCCUGAAAUUGUUAAUAACAUGCGUCGAAGGUUCCGUAGUCGACCUUUAUUACGAGGGUAUGCAGUGGAAAAUUUAUUUGGAGAAGACGAUGACUUUUUAGAUAUAAAUAAACGACAACAAUUCGAUGAUUAUGGUCAUAUGAGAUUUGGAAAACGGGAACAGUUUGAUGAUUAUGGUCAUAUGCGAUUCGGUAGGAGUCACGAAUAAUUAAUGGUGCCAUAAAUAAAUUAUUUGCAGUGGUAUUUCACUGUUUUUGCUGCAGAAGUAAUACUUGGUUCAAACUGUAGAUGAAAUAUAUUUUACAUUGCGACGAUGCAUUUCGUUGUUUUGUCAUUAUCCUGAUGUUCUCCUUGAAAAUAUAUGUAAUUUAUUAAAUGAUUAAACAUUAAGUACAAAUUAAUUUAGCGCCUUUUCUUUUCUUCUUAAUUUGAAAUUUGUU